ACACCAGCUGAGACACUUGUUAUGAGGGUGUUGCUGCACACACACACACUGCCACACACCUGCCACACCUCUACAACUGUUGCAGUCAUCCACAGAGGAAGCUCUUAAACAUGUGCAUGUAUGGUAGAGUCAUCUAGCUAUGAGACAUCACUCAGUUGCAAGAAAAACACAUAGACAAGUGUUGUAAGGUUGCUACGUGGGUGUCCGCAGCCAUGGAACACUCACGAUUGAAUAUGGAGGACUAUAAAAUUCUUCGGCAGCUAGGGUUAGGGUCCUACGGCUCAGCACAUUUAGCUGUUCACAUUCCUUCAGACACAAAAUGUGUUAUAAAAGAAAUUAAUAUCUCCCACAUGUCAGCGAAAGAACUCGAAGAAGCAAGACGAGAAGUUAAGGUCUUGUCAAGCUUGUCACACCCAUAUAUCACACAGUUCCGGGCUUCUUGUGAAGAAAAUGGCCGUUUAAGGAUAGCAAUGGAUUACUGUGGUGGUGGAGACCUUCACACACUAAUUACAAGUAGAAAAGGUGUUCUUUUUCCUGAGGAGCGAGUUCUUGAUUGGUUUGUUCAACUUUGCCUAGCCAUAAAAUAUAUCCAUGAUCGGAAAAUACUCCAUCGUGAUAUCAAAUCUCAAAAUAUCUUUCUGACAGAUGAUGGUAAGAUUCGGCUGGGGGACUUUGGCAUUGCUAAAGUUCUGAAUAGUACUUCAGAUCUGGCAAGGACAUGCAUUGGUACACCAUAUUAUUUGUCACCAGAAAUGUGUGAAAAUAAGCCAUAUAACAACAAAAGUGAUAUUUGGGCUUUGGGUUGUGUUUUGUAUGAGAUGAUGACGCUUAAGCAUGCAUUCGAGGCUAACAAUAUGAAGACACUCAUACUCAAAAUAAUAAGAGGUAUAUACCAACCUGUUCCUACUCGUUACAGUCGGGAUCUUCGUUUGCUGCUUGGGCAAAUAUUUCAGAGGGAGCCACAAGUAAGACCAUCUAUAUCUGUUAUUCUCCGCAGAACAUUCAUUUUAAAAAAAGUUCCUCGCUUCAUUUCUGGAUGUGAAGAAGAAGAAUUAAAGGCCUCUUUGAUGAAACGCAGGUGUGUUUUACCAGCUUCAGCACGCAAAAUUCCAGUAAUGAAGCGUCCACAUGACAUAACAGAUCCUUCUGCUAAAUAUGGAAUCAGCCAGUCCUUCAAUAAAAAGAAUACUUACAGGUCUCCCACAAAAUCAUCCUCAAAAUUUUCUAGACAAGCCAUUUCUGGAACAAAGAAGGCAAUUGGUGUGGCUCAAACUAAAAUAGCUGGGCUUAACCAAGAGCAUCGGAAAAAAUACCAAAGUGAGAAUAGCCUUUUGGUGAAAAAUGCAGGAAAAGCUGAACUAGCAGAAAAUACUGAAAAGAGAUCCCAAGGCAGAUCUAAAUCAGUACCCCAUGCAUUCAAACAAAGUAACUCAAAACAUCAGAACCAGAAUGCCAAAAAGAAGGCACUAUCACCAGUGAAAUUAAAGUUGAUGCUGGAUAGUGCUGGGUUUAAGAAAAAUGAUGAUUUAAACAGAAAGAGAAGUAAUACUGAUCAAAACUCGUGUAAAUCAAAGGAUAAGGAAGAAUCUAAUAAAUCGCCUGGGGCUGAAGGUUGGCUUGUGGAUGAAUUUUUAUCCAAGAAAUUGCAAGCUGCAUACAAUGACCGAAAAUUUGUAGAAGCCUUGAUACCCACUGAUUCUUCAGAGAGUGAAUUUGCCUCACUUGAGAGUGGUACUCCUACAAGAUUUUUCUCCACCACUAAAUAUGACAUGUGCUGGGUGAGUAAGGAUAUUCAUGUUUGCCGAUCCUCAAAAUCAAGUGGAAGAGCAGAAAAUAAGACUGUUUCUCAUGCACAUAAUGCAGAUCACAUUGAGAUAGAUCAAACACACAGUAGUUCUGAUGAGCAACUGCAAGAGACAAAUAGAAAGGAUGUGAAAGAGUUAGCAAAUAAAACCCUCAAGCAACAUUGUAGCAAUUGUAGUGACGAGGAUGACAAUGAAGACUUCCCAGCUUUAUCAGCUGAUAAAGUGAGAGUGUUAAUGCACGAGAAAAUGAAGAAAUUGUUGCAAGAACGUACAGAGAAGAUGAACCAGAUGGUGUCAGAGAGACGCCAAUGGGCAUAUCAUAAAGAAAAGCUUGAGUCUGCAAUUGUGAAGCAUGAAGAAGACAUUUUACUUUUAGAAAGCCUGAAUAAACAUAAUGCAAACUAUGAAAUAGAAAUAAAAGAAGACUUUCAGCCUUAUGAAAGUCCCAGUAGCUAUUGGUUUCCAUGUGAGAGUAAAGUUGAGCUAGCUAAUAAGGUGUACAAGGAAGGUGAAGACACACUUCAUAGCAAAGUUGCCAAUGAGCCUUCAGUGAAUGUUCAGAUGGAUAACAAAGAAGUUAGGCAGCCUGAUGAAGAAUUUUGUGGUGAUGGGUCGACUAAACCAAAGAAUCAAGUUUGGAAAUGCUUACUGCCCAAAGAAGAAACAAUAUUAAAUGAGAUACUAACUAAUACAGAUAAAGAAAAUUUGAUUGAAAAUGUAUCUGGAAAUCUUGUACCAAAUGAAAAUCAUAAACCAUCUCUAAUUGCCAUAGAAAAUAUUCUUUCUGUUGGUAAUGAAGAUGAAAAGGCUUUUGCAAGGAGAAGUAUUUCUUCCCUAAUAAAUAUUUGCAAAAAUAAAACCAACACUGAUGAUGUUCAGAUAUAUGAAAUUAUAAAUGAAGGAUCUACUUCAUCAAAAACAAAUAUUCAGUCUUCAUCAAAUGUCACUUUAGUAAAUGUUGAAGGAAUCUCUGAAAAAUCUAACUCCUCUCAGAGCUUACCAAGUUCACGCUCUAUAACUCCAAACAGACGUCCACACUGGGGAAACAUCAAUAUAUCUGGCCUUGAAAACUCUCCAUUAGAAUCUUCUGGGUCAAAAAUGGAUUUAACAUCCUCAUCAGACUUAGUAGUUGUGUUUAAGGAAGUAGGUGAACGUAAGCAGUGGACAAAGAAUUGUGAGGAUAUUAUAAGUGUACUGUCUGAAGCCCAGAUCAUUGAAAGUCCAAUGAUUCAAAAACAUAUUAAAAGGCAAGAAUGUAAAAUUGAUACCAUGGAAAUAUUAGAUACAGAAGCACACAUCUCCAACAGUAAACAUUUAGAUAUCUCAAAUAAAUCUGCAGUAAUGAAUUCAACAUUCACUGUUUCUUUACAGGAAUGUGAUAGUGACUGUAAAAAUUUACCAAGUAAUUUCACCUCAGAUUCCUCUCCCAAUGCUCAAACUUUAAGCUGUGAGACUCCUUCACUUCAGUAUAGUCAUUUAAUAUAUCAUCCAUCUACAAUAAAUAGAACAUUUGAAAUUCAUAAUGAAGGGACCAAUAAUGAUGAUAAUAUUCUAAGUAGGACUAAGGAAGAGAUCUGUAAAACAGAUGUUGGAGUGACCGUAGGUAAUGCAGUACAAGCUAGUGAUAAUAAUUGUCAUAAAAAUACAAACUUGGAUAAAACAACUUGUAAUGUUGGAUAUGGUGGAAGUUCAAAUAGCAAUGAUUUUAAAGUUGAAAAUAAAGAGGAAGAAGGUAGAAAUGGAAGCUCAGCAUGUGUAACAGGCACUAAAAUAAAAGCUCAGGAGGAAAUAGAAACAGCUUGUAAUAAUGGGAAAUGUUUGAAUGAAACAUAUACCAUUAAUGAAAGUAUUUCUGAUGUAACUUUUACAAUUUCAAACAGGCAGAGUAAUAAUACAUUGAAAAAGACAAAAGGUGGAUUACUUGGCAUGUUACGCAUGCACAUGUCACCACGACCAAAGCGGAAACUGAUCGUUGCAAACAGUGUUUCUGAAUCUGCAGAAGAAAAGAUAAGGAAGAAAAUAACUUCAGAAUUAUGCUCGUCUAAAGACGGGAAUAUACCAGUUGUGAAAAAGAAAAUGAUUAAGUCUGGACUUGCGGGAAUUUUGCAAAAAUUAUCUUCCCGGCAGGACAUUAAUUCAGAAGCUGCUGAUGCUCUGGAAAAAGGUAUCAUUGAAAGCACUGAAAUUUGUGACAAAUCUAACAGUGAUAAUGAUUCAUCAGGAGAAAGUUGUGCACUUGUGCAGCAUACUAAAAAUUUUGGAAGCAAAGAAUGUACAAAUUCUAAAACUGCUAACACAGUUGUUGAAAAUAAUGAAAGGAGUAAAAAUGAGGACAAGGGUUAUUUGUUGUUUGAAAAUCCUGGAGUUGAAAAGAGAGCCAAUUCUCCAAAAAGUGAAUCUACUAUGAUAGAUUGCAGGUUUACAAGAACUUCUAGUCAGAUCAUGGAUACUGAACAAAAUUUGAGCACUGAAAACUGUGAACAUUGUAGAGGAAAGGAAAUGUCAGUGAAUACUGAAAGUAAUGAAUCAUCUGUUGUAGGAGAGAGAGAUUUUGAUAAACAGAAAUUUGAGUUUAUGCAAACAAAAACUCAGGCAACUGAGGAAUGUACAUACUUCAGACACAGUGAUAAAAAUAUGGGUCUUAAUACUGUAGAAGAUUUAGUUAGUAAAAGUGACUUGUCUUCUGCCACUAAUGUUGAUAGUGCAUCAAGUGAUAGUGGCAUAGAUACACAAAGAACUGAUUUUACAUGCCAGUCAUCCAGUGAUACACAGAGUGAUUAUACUGUGUCAAGUGUAACAGAAGGAAUUACUUCUGUAGCUGUGAAAGAUGAUGCACAUCUUAUUCCAUUAGAGGAGAAUAAUACAUUACCAUACAUUAGAGACAGUAAAAUAUCAGUGGUUACUGGAGAUUAUUCUACGAAAAUUGAAAAUGAUUCUGUUGAUGUCGUUGAAGACUUAGCUCACACAGUUUUACUAGAGGUAAUAGAAAGGGCAGGGAGACAAGCGUCUAUUAACGAUACAAUGGAAAGAUAUCGGGACAUCAGUCCAAUAACACCUAGGAAUAUUCACAUUAAUAUGAACUCUUCUGGUGAGGUUAAAGGUCAAGAUUUGCAGCACCAGUGUGGAAGUGAUGACUUGCCAGGCUUUAAUCAGGUAUGUUUAUCAGUACCAGGAUCUUCACAAAGUGAAAAAUGUGAGACCAGUAAAGAGGACACAGAGAGGCUGACUAAUAUCUCUGAAGAUUAUGUAUCUAGAAAUAAUCAGAAGAUAGUUUCAGAAGGUAAGACUGAUGCAACAGAGUUUCCUAAUGAUAAUUCUUUUUCUGAUAAGGUACCUUAUCAAAUAAAUAAACAUUCUAAAGUGACUAAUAGUGCAGUCAGGCCAAGGCCUACUCUGCUGUGUAUUGGUUCUAACAAUAAUGAGCUCAUUACUGAUUUAAAGCUUUCACUCAACUUAAAAAUGUUGCAGAAUGAAGGAAUACUUUUAAAUAGCAACAAAGAUGUAUUAAAAUUCACCAGAGAGCAAAAUUAUAUACUCAGUCAAGGAUCUGCUUUAUCAGUACCACAAAAUAAUAUGCAGUAUGAAUGUUCAAAGAAUAAGGUUCAUUUACAAGGCAAAGGUAUCACAGGAGAAAGUGAAACAAAAUCUAGAGCUAGAGACAAGGAUUAUAUAUAUACAGAUAAUUCAAAUGAGGAGGAUAAUAGUACAGCAUCAGACGAAGAGAGCGAGGACUUUGCAAAUUUGCGGCAAUCAAUGGAGCUGCUGCUUAACUCAAGGGAACAGCUGAGUACGUGUGACACUAAAUCCCUCAUUUCAACAUGUACAUCAUCUGAAGUCUGGCACUUAGAUGGUGAUGGAGCUGUGGUAUCAGGUGGUGGUGGUGGUGUGUAUGGAUGGAUUGAAGAACAGAGGGCUAAACUUGAGGAUAUCCUUGGUCUAGAGCUCUUCAUGAGAGCCUAUCACCACUUGGGAGAAGCCCAAGAGCGAGAAGGAUGUGUGGUUGGAGAAGCCAUCACUCAAGUAGAAGAAAUGCUGGGGCAGGACUACAGUCAUAUGGCUUAUGACAUCCUUCAACUGGUGAUUUCAGAGGCUGUGUAUCAUAACUAGAGGUGUUCAGAGGGUAAUCUUGUCUAGAAUAUUUCUCUUAAAAUAUCACAAGAGAAGUAAAUUAGAGGAUAUGAUUACCUUGAAGUAUAUUUGUUUUAUAUGAAGAAAGAGAAUAGAUGUCUCAAUGAAAGUAAGCAGACAUGAAUAUAGAGAAUUAUGUUGAUAGUUUACAAGAUAUCAACUUAAUUCCAUUGAGUUUUCUCACAAAUCAUUGGUGAAAGUUGCAUUGUCUAUUCAGUGAUGUAAGUGAUAAAGAAAAAGGUUGCUUCAAUUGUAAUUCCACAAGGGACUUUUUUAUUAAUUUUUUGGAAUACAGGAAAAAAAGACCAUUAGGAUUUUAAUCUAGUCUGAUUUACACUAUUAAUUUAUGUACUAUGCAUAAUAGGAAAAUAAUGGCUCAGGAACUUUCAUAAGUUUACAUAAAAUUUUCUCUUGACUUGUAAUUUGCUGUAUCUUUUAAUUUGUUUUAAUUUGAGCGCCUUAAGUGAUGGAAGUAUUUUUUAGUUGGAAUAUACCAUUUGUUGCUAGUAGUCACAGCAGGUGUAUUCUGUCGCACAAUCUUAAACUAUAGAAGACUGAAUUCUUCUUUAAAACAACUUUUUCAGUGAGAAAAACUAUUUUUACUAAGUUUUAGCAUGUUAAACUUUAUGAAAAUAGUGUAUAUGUUUUUAUAUAGGAAUGACAUGUUCAUGAACAGCAGUACCAGUUAUGUUAAUGAGUGUGACACAUUUUUAGCCAAGUGGAUCAAAGGGUUAAGAUACACUAUCUUUGUCCUGAGGCUUGGUAACACAUUUUCAGUCGAGUGGAUCAGACAGUUAGGACAAAGUAUUGUGUUCCUGAGGCUUAGUAUCAGUGUAUCAGAUGUGGUGUUCAAGAGGCUUAGUAACAGUUUUAGUCCAGUGGAUCAAACAGCUGAGGCUUAAUAACCAUUUCAGUCAGGUGGAUCAAACAGGACACAGUACAGUAUCAUGUUACUGAUAAUUAGCUAAUAAAUUUUUAAAUUAUAGCUUCAUAACAUAUAAAAAUUGAGAUUUAUUAUAAUAUUUUCAUAUUAUUAAUUGUAACUUUAGAUGUGUCUUCCUUUAUAAAAAUAUAGAAAUAUAUGGAGCAGCUUUAGUAAUUAUAUAUAAACUGAAAUAUAAUAGAUGAAAUGCCUGUGAUAUUUUAGCUUUUGAAUUAUUUAGUAUAUUUUUGUCAUAAGUUCUUUCAUAAUGCUCAACUUCACUAUCACUCUUCAAUGAUUGAAGUUUUCCCUGAGUGUAGACCUCUGAAACCUCUGCCUUUACAGACUACAAAUGCUGUAGAGCUGGUUGACCUUUGCACAAACCUCUUAACAUGCAGAAUACCUCAACAGAUCAUAUUUUAUGAGUGCGUGGAAUCUAAAAUAUUUGAAGGGAACUAGUUGUAGAUUUUUUUGUGGAGACUUUUCAAGUUGCCAUCGUAUUUUGAUUACAAUAAAUUGCUCAUAUAGUGUACAGUAUGUGGAUAAACAUAGGAGUAACUAACAGCUUAGCUGAUUGGUACUUCAUUAUUUACAAUAAUGAAUGUAAUAUCAUUAUGUAUUUACAGUCAUCUCCACUGACAACUCAUGACAUAAAGUUCAAACCCAUGGCUAGGCAUGGUUAACACAGUAUUAUUCAGUGUGAUGUGCACACACCAAAUCAUUAUUAAAAUUCUUGUAUUUUCUGAAUCUCAAGCUCAGGAAAUGCUACCUUACCAAAAGUUGGAAACAGUGCAAGAAGUAAUGAUUUUUUUUUUAACUAGCUUUUCAGUGCUCGUUCAAAGUUAUGUUUAACAUAAUGUAAAGGGGAUUUUCUUGAUACCAUUAAGUUUCUUUUUUUUAUCAUGUGGGCAGUGCUAUUUUCUUUUUCUUAUUACACUAUAAAUGAAUCUUCUGAAAAACUGUAAUUCAAUAUUAGGUUAUUUAUCUAAACAAAUAUCUAGUCAUAAUGAGCAGAAAAUUUGUAUAUGUGUAAAGAUGUAUAUUUUUAGUUGAUAAAACAUUCACUGUAAGCAGAUAGGUAAAUAUUGCAUCUGCUUUUAUACAAUUAAUGAUUGAUUGUACAAACAUACAGUAUAUAUUUUUUUCUUUAGAUUUUUUCUGACUUGUUUCAAAUAUUCAUUUAACAUUGCCUGAGUUUUGUGCAAGUGAGUACAGAAUAUAUGAAUUAUUCCAAGUAUUCAGGGCAAACCCAACAUCUGAACAUUGGUAAAAAGAGAAUCUUAAAACUGUUUAUAUAUUUAAAAUAAUGAAAAUAAAAUAUAUUAAAAAAUCCAUUGUUUAAAGCUCGUAUUCACUUUUACAGAUCAGUACUAAGUGUUUUAAGGCAUUUUUUGCCAAUGUUCAAAAGCAAUUUUAACUUAAAAUGCCGACUGCUAUGCUUCGUAUAAUUUUCAGAGGCAUAUCAUAAUUUUUUUUUUUAACACGUCGGCUGUUUCCCACCGAGGCAGGGUGGCCCAAAAAGAAAGAAAAAAACAAACAAAAAAAGAAAAACUUUCACCAUUCAACAUUUUCACCAUCACUCAUACAUAUUCACUGUCUUUACAGAGGUACUCAGAUAUGACAGCUUAGAUGUUCCUCCAAGCUGCCAAUAUCCCAAACCCCUCCUUUAAAGUGCAGGCAUUGUACUUCCCAUUUCUAGGACUCGAGUCCGGCUAACAGGUUUCCCUGAAUCCCUUCACAAAAUAUUACCCUGCUCACACUGCAACAGCUCAUCAUGUCCCAAAACCCACUCAUCUCCAUUCACUCCUAUCUAACAAACUCGUGCACGCUUGCUGAAAGUCCAAGCCCCUCGCCCACUAAACCUCCUUUACCCCCUCCCUCAAACCUUUUUGGGGACGACCCCACCCCACCUUCCUUUUCCUACAGAUUUAUAUGCUCUUCAAGUCAUUCUACUUCGUUCCAUUCUCUCUAAAUGACCAAACCACCUCAACAGCCCCUCUUCAGCCCUCUGACUAAUACUUCUAAUAACUUCACAUCUCCUAAUUUUAAAUGUAUUGUUUUAAUUAUUCUGAUAUUCUUUGCAAAUUAAUUUUAAGUAGGUGUAACAUUACAGAUUACAUAGCUAGAAUACUGUAAAUUUAUAUUCUAUUGAGAUCUAUCACACUGAAUCAAUGCUUUCCUAUUCCAGCAACUUAAAGGUAAAAAUUUUAAUUUUACUUAAAAUUGUGUUAGUUUAUCUGCUCAUUAAUUAUCUUUGGUAUGUUUACUGUGAUAUCCAGAGUAUGACAUUGCCACCCUCAGACAAUAUGGUUAAUUCAAGAUUACCACCACAGAACUGAAAUUAAACAAAACACACGUACAGUAAAUA